AUGACUACUUCUAACGGUGCUACCAACGGCCAAAAUGGCCAUGCCGCCACUCCCAAGUCGCUGCCUACCGGCAUCUACGCCCCUGUCAUGACCUUCUUCGACCCCGAGACUGAGGAGCUCGACAUUCCCACCAUUAAGAAGCACGCCGUGCGAUUAGGUCAAGCUGGCCUGGCCGGUCUUGUUGCCAUGGGCUCCAAUGGCGAGGCUGUUCACUGCACACGUGAGGAGAAGAUUGCUGUCACAAAGGCUACCCGAGAGGCCCUGGAUGAGGCUGGUUUCCAAUCCGUUCCCGUUUUCCUCGGUGCCACUGAGGGCAGUGUCAAGGGCACUAUCGAGCUGAGCAAGCUGGCUGCUGAGGUUGGCGCUGCUGCCACUCUUGUUCUCCCUCCUUCUUAUUACAAGGCCCAGAUGAGUGAGGAUGCCAUCUACAACUACUUCACCGACCUCGCCGAUGCAAGCCCUAUCCCCAUCGUUCUCUACAACUACCCUGGUGCUGUUGCUGGCCUUGACAUGGACAGCGAUCUCCUCAUCAAGCUCGGCCAGCACCCCAACAUUGUCGGCACAAAAUUUACCUGUGGAAGCACCGGUAAGCUCACCCGAGUUGCUCUCGCUACCGAUGCCAAGACCCCCUUCCAAGAAGGCUCUGGUUACCUUGCCUUUGGCGGUAUUGCCGACUUCACCAUCCAAACUCUGGUCAGCGGCGGUAGCGGAAUCAUUGCCGGUGGUGCCAACGUCAUGCCCAAGACCUGCGUCAAGGUUUGGGAUCUCUACGUCAAGGGCAAGAAGGAUGAGGCUCAAGCUCUCCAGAAGAAGCUCUCCAAGGCCGACUGGGUACUGACCAAGGCUGCCAUUGCCGGUACCAAGUCUGCUAUCCAGAGCUACUACGGCUAUGGAGGCUACCCUCGACGACCCCUGCCCCGUCUCACCCCUGAGCAAGCCAAGGGCAUUGCUGAGGGUAUCAAGGAGCUCAUGGAGAUUGAGAACUCACUAUAG